GUGGGGGGGGCCAGUGAGCGGGCACCCUGCCGCCCUGCAGCUCCGCAGCUCUGCACCCCUGCAGCUCUGCACCCUGCACCUCUGCAGCUCUGCACCUCUACCCUCCUGCAGCUCUGCACCCCUCCGCGAUGCUGGCACUGCUGUCCCGCCUGCUGGACUGGCUCCGCUCCCUCCUGUGGAAGGAGGAGAUGGAGCUGACCCUGGUGGGGCUGCAGUACUCGGGCAAGACCACCUUCCUCAACGUCCUGGCGUCAGGGCAGUUCACUGAAGACAUGAUUCCGACAGUAGGUUUUAAUAUGAGAAAAAUAACCAAGGGAAAUGUUACCAUAAAGGUUUGGGACAUCGGAGGGCAGCCAAGGUUUCGGAGCAUGUGGGAACGCUAUUGCAGAGGUGUCAAUGCUGUUGUUUACAUGGUGGAUGCAGCCGAUAUAGAAAAAUUAGAGGCUUCUAAAAAUGAACUCCACAGUUUGGUAGAGAAACCACAGCUCCAUGGAAUCCCUGUGUUAGUGCUUGGAAAUAAAAGAGACCUACCCAGUGCCUUGGAUGAAAAACAGCUAAUUGAAAAGUUAAAUCUUUCACUUAUUCAGGAUCGAGAAAUAUGCUGCUAUUCCAUUUCUUGCAAAGAAAAGCAAAACAUAGACAUUACAUUACAGUGGCUUAUUCAUCAUUCCAAGUCAAGGCACAGUGCAAGAUAAAGUCCUUUCCAUAAAGGUUGCUGAAAAAAGAAAUGAAACCCACUCCCUGGAUUUGUUUUCACCAUCACCUUAAAAAAAAAAAAAGAACCAAAUAACUGCUGAUUGGGACUGCUAUUGCUGAUUGAAACUGCUUAAUUUCAAGAAAGUCAUAAUUCUUACACAAAUGUCAAGAUUAUUGAAGGUGAUUACUAAAUGUGACCAAAGCCAGUUUUUCUGAGCCAGAAGUCUCUUCUAAGGUUUUUUACAUGGGCAUUUGAAAAACAUUCAAUACUUUUCCAUCUGAAGUUGAAUAAACCACAUUGUUGAAAUUUA